ACGGAGAAGGUCGCCCCAAAGCAUCAUCCAGCUCGCAAUGUACGUAAGUCCAGCGUUAGUGUGGCUACUGUGUGCUGUGGCCUCCAUCGGGCCCGUCGUUCAAGCGAUCGUCGGUGGUCUCCGUUCCGCGAUUCCACCGCUCGACGAUCCGGUCGUGUUUGUGCGCGUCGGUGGACGUGCGGCACGUGUCGAGGGUACCCGAAACCGUGCCACCGGUCUUUACUCGUUCCGGGGCAUCUACUACGCCGAUCCACCAACCGGUGAGUACCGCUUCACGCGAUCCCGCUUCCGGCAUCUGAGUGGCGAUGUGAAUGCGACCCGCAAUGGACCACCGUGUCCACAGCCGGAUCCAACCAAUCCGUAUCGUGUGGUCGGGAACGAGGAUUGCCUGCUGCUGAACAUCUUCACACCCCAGAUGCCAGACGAAACGACGGGGCUACCGGUGGUCGUGUGGAUUCAUGGUGGUGGCUAUCGUUACGGAUCCGCUUCCCAGUACGGCGCGGAACCGCUCACCUCGAAUGGUGUCAUUUUCGUGCCGAUCCAGUAUCGGCUCGGUUCGUUCGGUAUGAUUGGCGAUGGAAGCCGAGAUUUUUCCGGCAAUCUGGCCCUGCUCGAUAUGGCAACGGCCGUGCGCUGGGUGAAGGACUAUAUCGGUUGGUUCGGUGGGGAUCCGGCGCAGAUUAAGCUCGUUGGUCAUGGUUCGGGAGCGACGGCCGCUAUGGUACUCGCGUCCUCUACGAUGGCACGCAGCUCGGUGUCUGGGGUGGUUGCCAUGUCCGGCUCGUCACUGCAACCGAACGCGUACGAACAGGAACCGGUGGAGGCGUACCGGGAGGCCACCGGAAAGCACCGUUGCAUGGCCGGUAACGAGACGGAGGUGGUCAAGUGUCUCCGGAUGCACACGACCAGCGAGAUCGUGCUGAUGGACAAUGAGCUGCAGACGGACCGGUUCCACGGUGAGAAGCUCAUCAACGGGAUGACACCGAACGCGGGCGUCAAUCCGAUCGUUGAGGAGAAGGACGAUGGCCGUGGAUUGCCCGGACUGCUGACGGAUAAACCGGAAACGAUCCUGAGUGACGGCAAUAUUCCGAAGAUCCCACUGCUGAUCGGUGUGGCCAAGGAUGAGACAGCGAACGCGAUCGACGUGAAGGAAGUCCAAUCGGUGUUCAAGGGUGCGACGAAUUUCCUGCGCAAAACGAGCUCGCUGGUUGGACUGGAUGGUUUCCUGAACGUGGAGAAGCAACUCGAGGGACUGGAUUCGGUUGGUGGUGUGCUGAAGCUGGACAAGUACCUGGAAGUACCGAACGGUCUCGAUCCGACGGUGGUGCUUGGUAAACUCAUCGAAGCAACGACCGAUGCCGUGUUCAAUUUGCCAGCCGUUGUGUCCGCCCAAGCCUGGAGCAAAGCAUCGCAAGCCUUCAUGUACAGCUUCGAUUAUCGGUCGGAGCGUACGCGUGGCAAAGACUUUCUGGCCGGGUUACCGAUCGUCAACAAGAGUGGCACGAAUGGGGCACCUCCCGAAGCGGUUGCGCACGGUGAUGAGCUGGGGCUGCUGUUCGAUACCCAAGAUCUGUUCGGUAAUCCGGUAGCGACGGCCAAGCUCACUUCGCCCAAGGAUCAGAACGCGCGGAAGUCGUUCUCUUCGUUUAUCGCAAAGUUCGCUUACCUCAACACGACGAGCAUGCAUCAGGAUAAUGUGUUCAAGACGUUCUCCAGCAAGGGUACACCGUUCGUGAAGAUCGGUGAGAAGAUCACGGUGGACAAUGAUUUCCGCUUCUGUCAACUGUCGCUCUGGGGAGCUCAGCUCGAAUCACUGAAGGCCAUCUCGUGUUCCUUCCUCGGUCAGGGUUUGGGAUCCGUGAGCAAAGUGGUGGGCAACGUGCUGCCACCGAAUCCAGUGUCCGGAUUUCUGUUUGGUGGCUAGUUCUCGGACAACACACGGCACUACAGUAGAUUCCACCAGAUUGACAGUUUGGUGCGAUCGUUGUCUUCGUCGGCGUCGUCGUAAAGACCACUUUAUGCCGAGCUGGCACAUAAAGCCGCAGCGCAGCAAGCGUUCUAAUAAAGAUACUUU